AUGCCAGCAUAUCAUUCUACUUUUUUAGGUGAAGAAUCACAAGAUACAAGAACAAUUGGUAACUUAUCACUAUUACCAUUAAAUACAAAAUAUAGAGGACCAGCAUUUGAAUCAAAUUCAGAUUAUGAUAUAAUUGAAGAAACUUUAGAUUUAUUUAGAGCAAAUUCAUUUUUUAAAAAUUUUGAAAUAAAGGGAAAUGCAGAUAGAUUAUUAAUAUAUGGAAUAUUAUUUACAAGUGAUUGUUUAAGUAAAAUAUCAAAAACAAUGUCUCAUAAAGAAUCAACUAGAGUUUUAAAUAAUUUAAGUCUUGAUAAUUUUGCAUUACCUGGUGAUAUAUCUUUCCCAUUAAAUUCAUUAUAUUUACCACCAAAAACAAGAUCUGAUGCUGAUUUAUUAAGAAGUUAUUUAACUCAAUUUAGACAAGAAUUAGCUGAAAGAUUAUUAAAUAGAAUUUAUAAAGAUGAUUCAAAUAUACCAAGUAAAUAUUGGUUAUCUUUCACUAAAAGAAAAUUUAUGAAUAAAAGUUUAUAA